CAAUCUUUCGUUAAUGAUAAUAAACCACAUCUAUUCUCACUUCCAUUGUUGGUUAUUAAUCCAAAGCCUUUCUUUUUCUUCCUCCAUAGCAAUUCCCACCAUUUUUUUUGCUACACUUUUUAUCUGGGAUACUGUACUUUCAAACUUUCAUUAUUUUUCUUGUUGAAUUUGGUACUGGAUUUGGGUUCAGCUUCGUUUUUCUCUUGUCAUGGCUCUCAAUUUGCCUUCCCCAGCUGAAGUCAAGUCUAUUUUCUUCACUGAUUCCCUCAAGUCUAACAUCCUCACUGCAAAGUUUCCAGGUCAUUUUGCUCUGAAAAGAAAACACUGUGGAGCUGCAGCAGGAAGAAGAGUUUCCUGCUCAGUGCAGGUACCACCACCACCAGCAUGGCCAGGAAGGGCGGUCCCGGAACAGAACCGCAAGACUUGGGAGGGGCCGAAACCCAUCUCAAUCGUCGGAAGUACUGGUUCAAUCGGAACUCAGACACUCGAUAUCGUUGCUGAGAAUCCAGAUAAGUUCAAAGUUGUGGCACUUGCUGCAGGUUCGAACGUAACGCUUCUUGCAGAUCAGGUUAAGAGAUUUAAGCCUCAACUUGUUGCUGUAAGAAAUGAAUCCCUAAUUGCUGAACUUAAAGAGGCUUUGGCUUCCGUUGAACAAAAGCCUGAGAUCAUCCCUGGAGAGCAGGGAGUUAUUGAGGUUGCUCGUCACCCGGAUGCUGUUAGUGUAGUCACAGGAAUAGUAGGAUGUGCAGGACUAAAGCCAACAGUUGCUGCAAUUGAAGCAGGGAAAGACAUAGCAUUGGCCAACAAAGAGACAUUGAUUGCUGGAGGUCCUUUUGUUCUUCCUCUUGCUAAAAAGCAUAAUAUAAAAAUACUCCCAGCCGAUUCAGAACAUUCUGCCAUUUUUCAGUGCAUCCAGGGGUUGACAGAAGGUUCACUUAGGAGAAUUAUUUUAACUGCAUCUGGAGGUGCUUUCAGGGAUUGGCCUGUUGAAAAACUGAAAGAUGUUAAAGUUGCUGAUGCAUUAAAACAUCCCAACUGGAAUAUGGGGAAAAAGAUAACCGUGGACUCGGCUACCCUUUUCAAUAAGGGUCUAGAAGUAAUUGAAGCACAUUACUUGUUUGGAGCUGACUAUGAUAAUAUCGAAAUUGUCAUUCAUCCACAAUCUAUCAUACAUUCCAUGAUAGAAACACAGGAUUCAUCAGUUUUGGCACAGUUGGGGUGGCCUGAUAUGCGUUUACCGAUCCUCUAUACUAUGUCAUGGCCCGAGAGAAUUUACUGCUCUGAAAUAACUUGGCCUCGCCUUGAUCUUUGCAAGCUUGGUUCUUUAACAUUUAAAGCUCCCGACAAUGUCAAAUAUCCAUCCAUGAAUCUUGCCUAUGCUGCUGGUCGUGCUGGAGGCACGAUGACAGGAGUUCUUAGUGCAGCAAACGAGAAAGCUGUAGAAAUGUUUAUUGAUGAAAAGAUCAGCUAUUUGGAUAUCUUCAAGGUUGUGGAGCUAACAUGUGAGAAGCAUCAAGAGGAAUUGGUAACAUCACCUUCGCUCGAGGAGAUCGUUCACUAUGACCUUUGGGCUCGAAAAUAUGCUGCUAGCUUGCAAAGCUCUUCCAGCUUCACUCCAAUUCCUGCAUGAACAGCACUAAUUUGAUUUAAUAAAUUGGGGGCAAUUGAAGAAUUGUAUACAAUGUAGAAUGAUGCAUUCCUUGGAUAUUGGCAAGUUUAAGGCUCUGAAUUUUGAUUA